CGAAAACCUACACACCUCAUCACAAAUACUUCCCCCACCUUCUAUCACUUCCGUCACCACCAUGGAUAGACGCACCCCAUAUACUUUGAGCGUUCUCGCUCCCAGCGUCGAUGGUGUUGAAGACUCUCGCAGCCAGAUCCAAGCAAAAUUGAGGGAGUUCGUCUUGGAAUUUCAAUUGGAUAAUGCUUUCAUCUAUCGUGACCAAUUGAGACAAAAUGUCUUGGUCAAGCAGUACUUCUGCGACAUCGAUAUCGCACACAUGAUCUCAUAUAACGAAGAGCUGGCUCACAAGCUUACCACCGAACCUGCAAACAUCAUCCCCCUUUUUGAGAAUGCCCUUCGAGAGUGCACCCAGCGCAUUGUAUACCCCUCGCAAAGAGACAUUGAACUUCCCCCUCAUCAGCUCCUGCUCCACUCGUCCGCGACGCAUAUCUCAAUCCGAGACCUCAAUGCCACGAAUAUCUCGCAUCUUGUGCGGAUCCCAGGUAUCGUCAUCGGUGCCUCAACGAUAUCGUCCAAAGCCACGCAGAUGCAUCUCCGAUGCAAAGGCUGCGGCUAUACUGAGAACCUCACGGUCGAAGGCGGAUUCGCAGGCAUGCAGCUUCCGAGAAAAUGUGGCCGUGAGAAACAACCAGGCGACCCUUCCUCGGAACCAUGCCCGCUGGACCCGUAUGUCGUUUCACAUGAGAAGUGCCACUUUGUCGAUCAACAAGUCCUGAAGCUGCAGGAGGCUCCAGAUCAGGUACCCGUGGGUGAACUUCCUCGCCAUGUCCUCAUUUCUGCCGACCGCUACCUCGCCAACCGGGUCGUGCCUGGUUCCCGCUGCACGGUCAUGGGUAUCUUCUCGAUCUACCAAUCCUCAAAGGGUGGGAAGAAGGAUGGCGCUGUCGCCAUUCGCAACCCGUAUCUGCGAGCAGUUGGUAUCAGCACGGAUCUCGACCACACCGCCAAAGGCAAUGCAGUUUUCUCGGAAGAGGAAGAGCAGGAGUUCUUGGAGCUCAGCCGUCGUCCCGACUUGUAUGAAGCCUUGGCACGCAGCAUCGCCCCCUCAAUUUACGGAAAUUUGGACAUCAAGAAAGCCAUUGUCUGUCUGCUUAUGGGUGGUUCCAAAAAGAUUCUUCCGGAUGGUAUGAAACUGCGUGGUGAUAUCAACGUCCUCAUGCUUGGUGACCCCGGUACCGCCAAAUCACAAUUGCUCAAGUUCACAGAGAAGGUCUCGCCUAUUGCCAUCUAUACGUCCGGUAAGGGUUCGUCCGCGGCAGGUUUGACUGCUUCCGUACAGCGGGACCACGUUACGCGUGAGUUCUACCUGGAAGGAGGUGCCAUGGUGCUCGCCGACGGGGGUGUUGUCUGCAUCGAUGAGUUCGACAAGAUGAGGGACGAAGAUCGUGUUGCUAUCCACGAAGCCAUGGAACAACAGACCAUCUCGAUUGCCAAGGCGGGUAUCACCACUAUUCUCAAUUCCCGGACGUCGGUUCUGGCCGCAGCCAACCCCAUCUUCGGUCGUUACGACGAUCUCAAGACUCCAGGCGAAAACAUUGAUUUCCAGACUACCAUCUUGUCGCGUUUCGAUAUGAUCUUCAUUGUGCGUGACGACCACGAGCGCAGCCGCGAUGAAAGCAUUGCCAGACACGUUAUGGGUGUCCACAUGGGCGGACGAGGCAUUGAGGAACAAAUCGAGGCGGAGAUUCCUUUGGAGAAGAUGAAGCGUUACAUCAGCUAUUGCCGCACCCGUUGCGCUCCUCGUCUGUCCGACGAAGCAGCUGAGAAGCUAUCGUCCCACUUUGUCACCAUCCGAAAGCAGGUCCACCGUCACGAAGUCGACGCUGGGACUCGCUCUUCCAUCCCCAUCACCGUGCGUCAGCUGGAGGCCAUUGUGCGUAUCACGGAAUCCCUGGCCAAGCUGAGUCUGUCGCCCAUCGCGACGGAGGCCCACGUCGACGAGGCGAUCCGCCUUUUCCUGGCCUCGACCAUGGACGCCGUCAACCAGGGUGAGGGCCAGGGCAGCAAGGAAAUGAUGGAAGAAGCCAGCAAGAUCGAAGACGAAUUAAAACGCCGUCUCCCGAUCGGGUGGAGCACGAGCCUGGCGACCUUGAAACGCGAGUUUGUGGAAGGCCGAGGAUACACCGAGCAAGCCCUCCACCGUGCUUUGGUGGUUAUGCAACGCCGCGACACGGUCCAGAUCCGCUCCGGCGGUACACAGGUGUACCGACACGGUGUGUGAUGGGAUAGUCUCUGCUUUGAUUUGGGUUUGGAUUUCGGGUUUGAUGUGAAGUGAACGGUCAUGACUGCUGCUUUCUGAUUAUCAUCUUUUGGCGGGAUAUAUUGUUUCCAUACCAGAUUGGGUUCGGGCACAGCGAGGAUGAACGGUGUAUGGCGCAUGUAUGAUUUUCCCCUUCUCCAGGUCGGUCUACGAACCGGCUUAACUAUUAGAACAAUCAAUACCAAGCACAUAAUUUCC